AUGUCUCAAUAUAAAUAUUCUCUACUCACGCCGAGGCCAGAAACAAUUCGCAUGCUUCGCCUCUUACCAAGUGAGGACAAUACCGCUCAGAUCCAAUGUCAGCUCGUCAACUACACCCUACCAACACCAGGUACGGAAGAUUAUCCGUAUGAAGCGUUAUCGUAUGUAUGGGGCAGUGAGAACACACCUCAAUAUAUUAUUAUAGAUGGCCAAACUUUAUCCGUUACAGAGAACCUCUAUACAGCAUUACUAUAUCUUCGAGAGCGUCAGCUUGAACGCUUGCUCUGGAUAGAUGCGAUCUGCAUUAACCAGGGAGAUGAGGAUGAAAAAGCCCAGCAAAUCCAGUUCAUGCCGAUGAUAUACGGUCAAGCUAGCCAAGUGAUUGUUUGGCUCGGGGAGACGGCCGAUCAGAGUGAUAAAGCACUCGAAACGAUUCGUCUUGCUGCAGAUGACGAGCCUUCCGAGGAUAAGCCUACAGAUAUACAGCAGGAAAUGAAUCAUACUGCCAUUGUGAGGCUACUAGAACGACCUUGGUUUCGGCGCAUUUGGGUACUCCAGGAGGUCCAUGCUGCACAAGAUAUUCUACUUAUAUGUGGCGACGUCAAGAUCCAUGGCUAUACCUUUUCUUCAGGCUUGAAGGGUCUAAGCCUCUCUCUUAAGGCUCGCCCAGAUCUACAGAGUCUGGUUGGCUCGAUUGUCUAUCUUAUGAGGGGUGCAAUCUUCCGACCUGGUACGACAUCUUCGCGUGGAACACUGUCUCUUGGUGAACUGGUUGAUAUGUAUCACGCCCGGGCGGCAACCAAGAAACAUGACAAAGUGUAUGCAUUACUUGGCAUGAGCUCUGACUCUCCUCUCUUACCUGAUUACAAGCUUCCAUGGAGUACAGUGUUCCAACAAGUCAUUACUUAUAUUUUCUCAGAAAAAGCUUCUAUACGGAUUUGGCCCCAUCGGGAUUUAGCUCUGAUUCAAAGCAGGGGACAUAUACUGGGCCAAGUAAUAGAAGUGAAAAGUGACGAGUCUCAACAUGACAGGACACAUAGUGCGCAUUCGGAAUAUUACGCUACAACUAGUGCCAAGCCUAUUCAGAAAGGCGACAUUGUAUGCCUUUUGGAGGGAGCUUCAAAGCCGAGUAUCAUUCGGCCUUAUAAAGGCUAUCUCAGUAUUAUAGUGACCAGCGCAACUCCGCUACAGGAGGAAGAAGAUGUGAGGUGGGAUGAAAUUGCCGAGACUCUGCGUUCAAGACACGACCCCAUACGCGAUAUGUCUCUCAUCUGGAACUGGGAGACAUCCCACACAAAUCCAGGAAAACUGCAAGAGCUGGAGAUCCCAAUGGAAUCAAACGAUACAACACCAGGAAUCUUGGGACUGGAUUCUGAAGAAACCAAAAGAUUCGAUGAUUUGACACUUAUUGUGAGAGAUACGUUAGUCAAGAUGGACAUGGGCUUUGCAGCAACAAGGCUCCUCAAUUAUCUACAGGAGUCCAAACUUCCACUUAGCGAGAAAUUCGACUUGGCAGCAGCAAUAAGUCGCGCAUGGGGAUAUAGCGCCAUGAAAGAGCUCGGAAUUGAUAUAAUAGGUGAGACUAUGCCAGUCGCAGAACUUGAUCAAGAAGGUACUGACUUAUGGGAUCAGAUCGAAUAA